AUGGGUCAGGCUCCCAGGACAAUUGCCCAGGAAGUACCGGACAUAAUUCCCCCACCUGGUUGCUCCAGCGGCAGCUGCUAUCCACCCACUGGCAACCUGAUUAUUGGCCGUGGUCAGAGUCUUCGAACCUCAUCCACCUGCGGUCUCCAUGGCCCUGAACGCUACUGUAUUGUCAGUCUCCUGCAGGACUCGAAGAAUUGCUUCUUCUGUGACUCUCAGGACCAGGGAGGCCAUAGCAUUGAGAAUGUGAUUUCCCAGAGUGGCCAGAAUAGCAACAGGACCUGGUGGCAAGCGGAGAGUGGUGUUGAGAAUGUCACCAUCCAGCUGGACCUCGAGGGUGUCUUCCACUUUACUCAGCUGAUCAUGACUUUUAAGACUUUCCGCCCAGCAGCAUUGCUCCUUGAGCGCUCAGUGGACCAUGGCCGCUCCUGGCAUGUGUACCGGUACUUUGCUCACAACUGCUCAGGCCUCUUUCCUGGGAUCCCUUCUGCCCCUGGCCAAAGAGGCAGUGACCUCAUCUGUGACCAGCGUUACUCAGACAUGGAGCCUGCUACUGAGGGCAAGGUGAUUUUCAAAGUUCUGGAUCCAGAUGUUCUGGAGGAGACCCAAACCAAAGUUCUGGACCCAAACAACCCCAAGAUCCAGGAGCUCUUGCGUGUGACUAACCUUCGUGUCAACUUCUCCAAGCUGCACAUCCUGGGUGACAGGUCUCAUGGGAGUCUCAGAGGACACCCCUAUUACUACUAUGCCCUCUAUGAGCUUGUGGCCCUAGGCAGCUGCCUAUGCUAUGGCCAUGCCACUGAGUGCAUGCCUGCCCCUGGGGCCCCAGCCAACGUGGAAGGCAUGGUGCAUGGCCUUUGUGUCUGCCUCCACCAUACUGCUGGUGCUCACUGUGAGCGCUGCCAGGACCUGUACCAAGACCACCCAUGGCGAGCAGCAGAGCCUGGGCAUCCCCACACCUGCCGCAAAUGUGAGUGUCAUGGGCAUGCCCACAGCUGCCACUUUGACAUGGCCCUGUAUCUGGCAUCUGGCAAUGUGAGUGGAGGCGUGUGUGAUGCAUGUCAGCACAAUACAGCCGGGCGCCACUGUGAGCUCUGCCGGCCCUUCUUCUACCGAGAUCUCCAGGAAGAUCUCCAUUCCCCACAUGCCUGCCGACCCUGUGACUGUGACCCUGUGGGUGCCUUGGAAGGGGGUUUGUGUGACCCCCACACAGAUGAGACCCUUGGCCUCCUCUCUGGGCAGUGUUGCUGCAGAGUCCAUGUCUGGGGUCAACGCUGUGACUCCUGCCAGCCUGGUCACUACGGCCUGAGCCCAAACAAGGCAGAGGGCUGCCAGCCCUGCAGGUGCGACUCCCGAGGACAGAUCCCUGGACCUCACACCUGUGAUCCCUCCAGUGGUGCCUGUCACUGCAAACGUUUUGUCUUUGGCCGGGACUGUAGCCGUUGUCUGCCCGAGUUCUGGGGUCUGAGCAGUGACUCUCUAGGCUGUCGGCCCUGUGACUGUGACUUUGGAGGCGCUUACAGCAACAGGUGUUCUGCCAGGGAGGGUCUGUGCUCAUGCCGCCCGCACCUGCGUGGCCGCCGCUGCCAAGAGCUGCAGUCCGGGUACUUCUGUGCUGCCCUGGACCAGGCUACAGCUGAAGCUGAGCUUGGACAGAACCUUCAGCCCAUGGACCCUCGGUUGCCAGUGAGUGUCAAGCUGAACCAGCAGUGGAAGGAUAUCAAGACCAGAGAAGAGAGUGUCCCCAAGCUCCAGCCACCCACCCUGGUCGGCUCCGACCCCGACUUUGGAGACAGCAUGAUCCUCAAGUAUGAUAUUGUCCUGCGCUAUGCAACUCAGGUCAGUGACAUGUGUGCCAGGGCUGUGGUUCUAUCCGGACCUUUCUGCUUUGAACCAGGAAUAUGCUACUCCAUAACUCUGCGUCUAUGGUGCACCAGAGGGGUGCGAAGGCCUGCGGGGAGCACCAUCCUGCUGGAUUCAAUUGUGCUCGUGCCACGGGUGAGUGAGUUGCCUGGGCUGAGAACCGUGGAUCGUGGGGCCCUGGGGCGCUUGCAGGAACUCCACAAGGCAGGUUGUAUGGAGGCCACAAGAAUGGGCCCCUCCAGCCCCAUGCCUGAGGCCUGUUCCCGCCUUAUCUGCAGCAUCUCGGUCCUGCUCCACGGGGGUGCCCUGGCCUGUGAGUGCCACCCCCAGGGAUCACUGAGCACUGAGUGUGUCACGCUGGGUGGCCAGUGCCCCUGCCGUCCUAACAUCAUCGGUCGCACCUGUGACCACUGCAUGCCGGGGACCUAUGGCUUUGGGCCCAUCGGCUGCAGUGAGUGUCACUGCCAUCUCAAGGGAGCCACCAGUGCCAUCUGUAACCCUAGGAAUGGCCAGUGCACAUGUCGGGCAGGCCUGGCUGGUCGCCGCUGUGACCACUGUCUCCCAGGUCGGUGGGGUUUCCCGCAGUGCCAGCCAUGUGCGUGCAAUGGGCAUGCUGAAGCAUGCCACCCACUGACAGGGGUCUGCCAGUUCUGCCAUGGUGCCACUGUGGGCCGGCACUGUGAAAGGUGCCUGGACGGCUACUAUGGAGACCCUACCCUGGGGUCAGGCCAGCGGUGCCGGCCCUGCCUCUGCCCUGGACCCCCCGGCUCUGGCCUUUAUCAUGGGAGCUCCUGUCACAUGAACAAUAUGAGUGGACAUGUCGUGUGCCUCUGUGCACCUGGCUAUGCAGCCUCCCUUAAUUCUUCCCACUGUCUGGACAUAGCAGUCACAGCCUUGGAGCAGCAUGAGCGACUGGUGGCAGGGCUCCUGCCCCAGGUAACACUGGCCAUGGAUGUGACCCCGGCCCUGGAGCAUCUGUCUGGUGCGACUGUGGCCCUCAGGACCCGUGUGGCUCUGAGUGAUCGGCAGGUUCAGGAGGCAGAAGAACGAGCAGUACAUGCCACUUCCCUGGCUGGGAUCCUGAGCAAGGAGUUGCAGGUGGUCAGGUCCGGUGUGACGGAGUUGCAGGAGGGCACCCAGGAUUUGAUGGCCAUGAUGCAGAAUGCAAGAGAGCGAGUGCAGCGGGCACAAGGUGAGGCCCAAGAGCUGAUGAAGCAGAUGCAGAACAGCUGGAGCCACCUGGAGGGGUUGGAGCAGCGCCUGGCACAAAAUGAGCGGGCACUGGAGGAGAAGGUGGCCACUCUGUGGGCAUUGGAGCAGCAGGCAGCAGAGCUGCUGAAGCACAUGCAGCUGUGGGCCAGUGCACAGGCCACCUGCUGA